AUGGGGUUUGAAAAUAAAAAUACAACGUUCGUGUAUAAAGAGCUUGAAGCGGUAGGACAGGAUGGUCUGUGUGAAGGAACCAGAAACAGCUCCGUGCACUCGGAAUUUUCUGGAACUCCCCAAAUCCGGGAUCGGCCCCGGGACGGGAAUUGGGGUCAGGGGCACCCUGACAGCGCUGCGCCCUCAGUGCUGCCGCCGUGUGGGCACAGCGGGCACUGCAGCCCCGAGCGCUGCCCGCGGCUCAGCCGGCACCGGGACUUGGACCGGGACCGGCACCGGGACCGGCACCGGGACUUGGACCGGGAUCGGCACCGGGACCGGCACCGGGAUCAGCACCGGGACUUGGACCGGGACCGGCACCGGGACCGGCACCGGGACUUGGACCGGGACCGGCACCGGGACCGGCACCGGGACUUGGACCGGGAUCGGCACGGGGAUACGGAGCUGGACCGGGACCGGCACCGGGACGCGGAGCCGGAGCGGGCCCGGGCCGGGAUCGGGACGCGGAGCCGCAGCGGGCCCGGGCCGGGAUCGGGACGCGGAGCCGCAGCGGGCCCGGGCCGGGAUCGGGACGCGGAGCCGCAGCGGGCCCGGGCCGGGAUCGGGACGCGGAGCCGCAGCGGGCCCGGGCCGGGAUCGGGACGCGGAGCCGCAGCGGGCCCGGGCCGGGCGCUCCCGGCAGGACCCGCGGCCGCUGUGCCGGGAGCGCAGGCGCGGAGCGGGAGCGGCAAUGGCGGAGCCCGGGGAGCGGCGGGGCCGGGCCGGGGACAGCGGGGGAGACUGCGGCGGGCUCGGAGGAGGGAACCCCGUGCAGUCGAAGGUCUCAUAGCCUGAGCAGGACAAUCUCUGGACAUGGAAAAUCAGUUUUUCAUUGUUACAGCACCAGCUCCAGGGAAUGAUGAAGCGGUGUCGUGGUUUUGAACUUGUGCUCAUGGAGGAAAUGCACUGGAGCAACCAACACUGCUCCACCUUUAUGGACAACCCUGUGGGUUUGGAUCUUGAUUUGUGGCUGUGAAAUCUCCUCACAGAAUCCUCUGAGGCUGACACAAAGACCAGGAACCUUUUGAGAUGGAAAGAGCCGGAGCAAGUGGAUGUGAGAAAGGAAAGUUAAAGAUGGGAAACGUUCAGGCAAGAGGUGCCGAAAAGAACUGGAGUUUCUGAUCUGAAGUCUCCAACUGCAAAUCCCCUUUGGAUUGUCACCAGUCCAGUUUUCAUGGACUGUUCACCUUGGCCAGGAGUGUCCAAUCCUGCUGGAAAUGCACUGCACCAGGAUGGCAUUUUCAUUUCGUGCUGGUGAAGACCCUCUGGGUGACCCCCAGGCACUGGAAGGGCUGGCCUGGGCUCCCAGGGCACUAAUUCCAGGAGUUGUGUUUUUGGGAACAGCACAGGAACCUUUCCCUUGCCCAGAGGAGCAGCCAGAGCCUCCCUUCAUUCACAGAUUUCCAGGAUGGAACACAAGGAAAGGAACAAGCAAUGUGGAAAUGCCCCACACUGGGAGUUGAUGGUGCUCUGGGUCACAUUUUGGAUUUCUAAUGUCAAAGGGGCAGUGUGGAGGGGUUUUUCUCUCUCUGCUCUUCAUUACUGUACUCACUGCCCUUGUUGCUCUCACUGUUACUGUGUGUUGCCAUUAACAUUAAAUUAUUGUAUUUGCCUUGGUUUCCAUGAUUAUUAAACUGUUCUGAGCUGGA